AUGAGCUCCCCAGGCACGGAGGGCGCAGGGAAGAGCCUGCAGCACCGAGUGGACCACCUGCUGAGCGCCGUGGAGAGCGAGCUGCAGGCGGGCAGCGAGAAGGGCGACCCCACGGAGCGCGAGCUGCGCGUGGGCCUGGAGGAGAGCGAGCUGUGGCUGCGCUUCAAGCAGCUCACCAACGAGAUGAUCGUCACCAAGAACGGCAGGAGGAUGUUCCCAGUGCUGAAGGUGAACGUGUCUGGCCUGGACCCCAACGCCAUGUACUCCUUCCUGCUGGACUUCGUGGCGGCCGACAACCACCGCUGGAAGUACGUGAACGGGGAGUGGGUGCCGGGGGGCAAGCCCGAGCCGCAGGCGCCCAGCUGUGUCUACAUCCACCCCGACUCCCCCAACUUCGGGGCGCACUGGAUGAAGGCGCCGGUCUCCUUCAGCAAAGUCAAGCUCACCAACAAGCUCAACGGAGGGGGCCAGAUCAUGUUGAACUCCUUACAUAAGUAUGAGCCUCGAAUCCACAUAGUGAGAGUUGGGGGUCCGCAGCGCAUGAUCACCAGCCACUGCUUCCCAGAGACACAGUUCAUCGCUGUGACGGCUUAUCAGAAUGAGGAGAUCACAGCUCUUAAAAUUAAAUACAAUCCAUUUGCAAAAGCUUUCCUUGAUGCAAAGGAAAGAAGUGAUCAUAAAGAUAUGAUGGAAGAACCUGGAGACAGCCAGCAAUCUGGGUACUCCCAAUGGGGGUGGCUUAUUCCUGGAACCAGCACCCUGUGUCCACCUGCCACCCCCCACCCUCAGUUUGGAGGCCCCCUCUCGCUUCCCUCUUCACACGGCUGUGAAAGGUACACCGCCCUGAGGAACCACCGUCCGUCCCCCUACCCCAGCCCUUACGCGCAUCGCAACAAUUCUCCAACCUAUUCUGAUAAUUCAUCUGCAUGUUUAUCCAUGCUCCAAUCCCAUGACAAUUGGUCCAGCCUCGGAAUGCCUGCCCAUACCAGCAUGCUCCCCAUGAGUCCUAACACCGGUCCACCUACUGGCUCUAGUCAGUACCCCAGCCUGUGGUCUGUGAGCAACGGCACCAUCACGCCAGGCGCUCAGACGGCAGGGAUGGCCAACGGGCUGGGAGCCCAGUUUUUCCGGGGCUCCUCCGCACAUUCCGCGCCCCUCGCCCACACAGUCUCGGCUCCUUCCUCUUCGGGAUCCCCGCUGUAUGAAGGGGCCGCCACGGCCACAGACAUUCCUGACAGCCAGUACGACGCCUCGGCCCAAGCCCGCCUGAUAGCCUCAUGGACACCCGUGUCGCCACCUUCCAUGUGA